GUUCUGUUCUUUGUAGUCGCCAAGGCCGCAUAGGUCGUCCUGAUGGUGUUUCUUCCUGACCCACUCUGUAACCAUCUCGCCUGACUCAUCGCCCGACGACCAGAUGGCCGACGGCAGCAGGGGUAAAGAGGCACUCAACGACGCCACACGAGGCGGCAGCGGCGCCCCAGCGACCCACCCGCCACCCUCUUUGCCUCAGAACGACCCUCAUGUCGAUGAUAAGGCUCAGCCGACGAGCGAUCUGCCGACAGGACCUCAGGGCGGAGGUGCGGCAUCUGUUGGCUCAGCGAAGGCAGGCAGCGGACAACAGGAUGCGGCAGACGCCAAGCAGGCGACUCGCAGCAUCGUGGAGCGUGUGUUAGAGGUGCUGGUGAGAGAGGCCGUCCGCCACAUACACAGUGCGGAGGAGGCCAGCGAUGGUCAGGAGGGGGCGGCUGGUGCUAAGCAGCUGGAUGGAGAGGCCGCCAAGGUCGAGGCGAGUGGCGGUGUGAUGGAGCGUGUGUUGUUGGCUUUGGUGCGGGAGGCCGUCCGCCGCAUACACAGCACACAGGGCAGCCACCGGGCCGCCAUACCCAGCCCCCAGAAGCACCAGCUGAAGUGCAGCCGCUCUUUCGCCGGCCGCCCAUCGCUCGAGGACAGCGACACGGCACCUCGGCUGCGGCGCACCAAGUCGUCCCCGGACCCCGCUGCUUCCCUGCAGCACCAGGACCAGCAGGGCGGCGGUGGCGAUGCUGACCAGGACCAGGAUGAUGAUAACGAUGCUGACCAGGAGGAUGGCGAUGAUGACGGAAACGGGGGGGAAGAGGAAGAGGAAGAGGACGAGGAUGUCAUCGUCGACACACGGCCUGCUCCAGUGAGGCAGGAGGGAGUGGUAAGUCCAAGAUUCCUAUGUCAUGUGCGAGGUGUAUCUGUGGUGUGGUGUGGUGUGGUCAGGACGCGUUCGUGCUGUGCAGGGCGGGUAAGCGGCUGGAGUCGCUGCGUCUCCCCAUCAGUGUGGGUGCUCGCAAGGAGUAUGAAUUGCAGUCGAUGAUAUCGGUGCAUCGUCUCACCGCACAGGCCACUGGUAAGUCAGCUACCUGACCCGCAAAGCAGCGCCAUGGUCAUUCACCCUGUGUGCUGCUGUGUGUGUGUCCAGUUGUGUCGUGGGAGGAGGGGCAGGACGCCAGGAAGCUCAUCUGCCAGAUGGUAAACAAAACACAACAAACCCCCCCCACACACACCCACACACACACGCAUAUGCUGGCUUCUCUGUUGGUUUCGGUCAUCAGCAACGGGCGUUGCAGAUCCCCGGUCGCGAGAAGGACGGCUUCAUCGCCGCCGAGACCGACACGCCACCCGAGCCCAUCGAUCAGAAUGGGGGCGUCGACGGGCCUCCCCUCACCGCCUCCCUCCGUGAACGAAUCACGGAGGCUCUGUCCGACAAGUCGGGUGAGAGCAGCGGCAGCGGUGCAUCUGAUGACCAGAAAGACGGUGGUAGUGGUGACGGCAAGGGCGGCGGCGGGAGCAGUGCCGCCGGUGGCGAGGGCGCCGGCAGCAGUGGGGGUGGGGGGAGGGAAGCGACCGGCGCGUCUGCAUCUGCAGCGUCGGGUGGCGAAUCGCCCUCGGCGGCGUCGUCAGACAGCCCUCCCCCGCCCCCCUCACCGCCCCAAGAGUACGGCCCCAAGACCCUCUUCGAUGCGCUCGAGUGUCAUCCCUUCUGCAGUCUUGCACGCCAGAACUUCGUGUACCAGUACCUCAACGGUGACCAACACACACAGAAGACACACAGGCACACAGACAGCCCAUCCAUCCGGUUGUCUGUCUGCGUGUGUGUGCAGCGUCUGCCAAGCUGCCGAUCUGCCCCAAGCCCGUGCAUUAUGAGACGCAGGUCGUCCAGCAGGGGGCCGUCAAGGAUGGCGACUUCGGCAGUGCGGCUGUCGACUUCUACGUCAACGAACAGCUGGACUGCGACCUGGAGAGCGUUAUGCGCUACGCCCGGCAGUGGGCGGCGGGGCAGACGGAGGGCCAAGAGGGGGACGACUGGCGACCCGCCAAACUGAUUCUCGAGCUGUCCAUCGAGGCGGUAUGCCCUCAUACACACAUACUGGAGAGCUGUGUGUCGGGUUAUCACGCCCUCUCUCUGUCUGUCAUGUGUGUGUGUCUGCAGGUCCGUUCAUUGCGAGAGCUCCACUCGCACGGACUCGUCCACGAGCACGUCAAACCUAGAGUAGGCACCCCUCCCCCGAAGACAACAGCCAAUGCACCACAUCACUCACGGCGCAACUCUCCUCCCUCCCUCCCUCCCUCCCUCCGUGUCAGAAUAUGAUGGUCAAGUACGGCCACGGCAAGCGUGUGUACCUGGUGGACCUCAAGCAGUGCCGACCUGUCCGCUCCAAACCUGGCGAUGAUGACGAGACCAUGGGCCGCAAUCGGCGAGGGAUGUUCAGUCACUCGUGGCACCUCGCACCCAUCGCAAUGCACAACGCCGAGCCACCGGCAUUCAAGUAAGAGAGCACUCUGUCGCACUUAGCUCAACCAAGGGCCAAGGGUGGGUAUGCCGGCCUCGUGGCUGCCUGCUUUCCUGCCUGUAGGGAUGAUCUGGAGGGCCUCUGCUACUCGUUGCUGUGUCUGCUCAAGGAGAAAUCGCUGCCGUGGACAGACCCCAACAACAUCCUCGCCCUUGGCCCGCUGAUCUCCCUGACAUUAGAUAACACCCUGGCGGACUUAAAGAGAUACACCAACAUAGACGAGGCGUGUGACAGGCUGCCUGGUAUGGGGAGGCGGGAGGAUGAUACCCACAGAAACGGCUCACUGGUAUCUCUGUGUCCGUCUCUGUGUGUGGCCAGGUGGUGUGUGUGCGUUUGUGAAGGAGGUGCUUGGCUACGGGAGGCUGCAGCUGCCGCGAUACGACCACCUGAUCGACUUGCUGCGAACAGCCAUCGACCAGUGAGCACACCCAGUGGGGUGGACGGACGGACGGAUGGAUGUGCCAACGUCGUGUGCCUUCUCCUGUGGUGUGUCAGGUUGCCAGCCUCCGAGCAUUUGCGUCGGCUGCCCUUCUUGGAUGAGUCCCUCAUGCCCCCCGGCUGCCGCAUCGCCCGGCAGUUCACCGACCAACACAACCUCAGGCGACUCAAGAAGCUCUCCAGCCCCCCCGGCGCCUUCGCCGAGACCGAGCUCACACCCCCGCCCCCCACACCGCCCCUCCCACCACACACGCCCCCGUCGCCCCCACCUGUGGCCAACCGACGCAUGCAAGGCGUCACGAAGCGCCUGAGGGGCAUGGGCCUCCUUGCCUUGGGCGCCUUUGGGCGGGCCAUGACCUCCCAGUCUCUGGGCUCGGCUGCCGGGGGUCUGAGAGGUCCCUACAGGGGCACCUUGGCUGGGGCCCUGGCCACACAGCCGUCGCUGGACGAGCUCCGUCUUGGUGCGCUGAUGGACCCCCCGCCCCGUUUCGUGUGGCUGCCUAGCGAGAUGACGAUGGUUGCCGAGUUCCUGCUGUGGGCCACACAGCCGCCGGCAUAUCGGCUCAUCAAGAGGGCCGCCAAGGGCGACCAGGGGGGCAGCGAGCCGCCCGCUGUGACGCUGUCGACACUGCCGGAGAACUGUCUGUGUGGCGUGACGGACUUCAUGACGACCCUCGAGAUCAUUGGCCGUGUGGGCACGUGGGCCUCCGCCUUCCGCCCCCUCGCCAUCAGGCCCGAGUUCCACACGCGGCUGACCAUCGCCGGCGAGCCGGAAUGGCACCGAUUCGACCUCGCCGUGUCGAGCCUGUGGGCGCCGCGAAUGACACUCAUCUCGACGGCCGACAUCAAGCCCCCUCCGCCCCGCCAGCCCGACAAGGCCCGCAUAAUCGUGCAGAAGCAGCCGGUGGGCGAGGGCGAAGUGCGUGAGAUCGACUCGUCCAUGAGCCCCUCGCCGCCCUUCGACAGCGUCAACGACUCUGCCAUGUGUGUGCCCUUCGCCCACCCCUUGUCGUCGAUCCUCACUGGCGCCAUCCGGCCCCCAUUCAUCCCGCCCACCCUCCCGGCCGUCAAGCACUACGCCGACCCGCCGUCCCUUUUCUCGGCCAAGAGCCCCCUGCUGCACAAGGCCCACACCACCGGCAGCACACGCACCGUCCUGCACCCCCGCAGCCCCUCCCUCCAGCCACUCGCCAUCAACGGGGUGGUGGGUGUGCUGGAGGCAUCGCACUCGACGUUGGCCGAGCUGCGUGUGCGUGACGGGAGGGCGGACCUGCCGGCAGCGGCCUACGGCUUCAAGCCGCCCCGCCCACCUGGCGUCGACCGGUCUGGCGACGCUAUGUUGGAGUUCCCGAAGCUGACGACUGUGGUGGUGCCAUCGGACAAGGCCAACCUCAGCGGAUUCACUAAGGUCAGGGACAGACGGACAGAAUGAGACCGACCAGUCAUGUGUGUCUCCCUCUGUGUGUGAUGGGUGGGCAGGUGGCGUAUGUGUGUCGGUGGUCUCUGCCGAAUCUGACGACGUUGACGGUGACGGGCGGCUGCCGCCCUCAUCUGAGCCGCAGCGUGACGACCAGCAUCCACUUCGCCGGAGGGCACCACACAGACGUGGCCUAUGAGGACGCCACUCGGAUACUCGAAAGCAGCACGGCAGAACACAUCAACAGGGAGAAGUUCCGGUACGCACAGAGACCCAUUCGAGACAGGCACACCGAUCUGUGUGCUCUGUCUGUCAGCGGUGAGACAUUGGGUGUGUAUGUGGGCGCCUGGAUGAACAACACUGAUAAGAUGGAAUCGGUUGAGGUCACCGACAUGCCGGUCGGUGAGGGAAGACACCACACAGAGUCCAUCCAUUCUCUCCCUCUGCUGUCCUCUCUUGACAGGUUGACGUGCUGAAGGCCGCCCUGUGGUUCUCUCGCGACGGCGGGCUGCCCCACCUGCGCCGCCUCACCGACACCAGCGGCCCAGAUGCCACCGACCAGACACUCCGCCAGCUCAAGACCCUUCUGCACAAGAAGGGGGCGCCGCUGGCCGAUCAGAUAGCGGUGCGGCAGACAGCCGACGGCAGCAGUGAUGAUGGCGGUGAGGGUGAGGGCAGCGGAGAGAAGCGGGCGUAUGCGGAUCGCUGCCACAACCCCUAGACAGACAAGAAAG